GUUCAAGAGCAAUAUGACAGUGUGGUUCAGAAUAGUGUGAAAUAACGUGCGUGAAAAGACAGAAGUAUGGCUUCUACGUUUUUCACGCUUCUCGUGGGUGCGGUGCUCCUGUUCAUCUUGUACUUCAUCAAGAAGUACACCUACUGGAAAAGACGUGGAGUUCCAACAGUUAAAGGGGUUGUUCCAUUCGCGGGCAAUAUAUUACCGGUAUUAACAUUACAAUCAAAUUUCAAUGACAUGCACACCAAAAUGUACAAAGAUUACAAGCAGUACAGCAUGGUAGGGUACUAUAAAUUAUGGACACCGGUACUGAUAGUUCGCGAGCCUCAGAUGGUAAAAACCAUAUUGCAAAGCAAUUUUUCAAGCUUUCACAAAAACGCAUUAACGGUCCGAGAAGAUCUGGAUCCACUGUUAGUUAAAAAUCCGUUUUUCACAUCCGGCGAAUCAUGGUCCCGUUCCAGGAAACGCAUGACCUAUGCAUUUUCCAACGUAAGAUUGAAAUCACUUUUCGUAACUGUCAACGGAGUGUGCAAAAAGUUUGAAGAUUUUCUGAACCGACGAUUAGCUUUCGACGAUAAAUAUGAAACUGAACUGAAGCACUUAUUUUCGAAAUUCACCGGUGAAGUCGUAGCGAAUGCCGGAUUGGGUAUCGAAGGAUUUUGUUUCGAGGACACGAAGCAUGCUGGGGCGUUCGAUAUAAUAUCUGAACCUAUUUUUGAACCAAGCUUCUUCCGAGCUUUUGAGAAUAAUGCGUUAUUCAUAACGGAACUGAGGAAUCUUCUGAGAUCAAAAUGGAUACCUAAAGAGUUUGAUGCAUUCUUCCGAAACAUCGUGAAAGAGAACAUAGAAAUCAGACAAAAGGAAUCAACACCUAGAAACGAUUUUCUUCAGGUCAUGAUCGAUCUUAUGAAGACAUCGAACGAGAACAUAGACAUGGAGUCUAUUACCGCGGAAGCGUUAUCCUUCUACGUCGACGGUUUUGAAACAUCCAGCAUUACCCUAAGUUUCAUUGGCUAUAAUCUAGCCGCACAUCCCGACGUUCAAGAAAAGCUGAGACAGGAAAUUACCUCUAAAAUCGCUAAAUACGACGGGGUACUAACCUUCGAUGCGUUGAAGGAGAUGACGUACAUGGAACAAGUGAUGAACGAAUCGCAAAGAUUGUAUCCCGCUUUAUCUGCCUUAUCCAAGAUAUGUACAGAGAAGUUCGAAUUGCAAGGAUCAGACGGACUGACGUUGCAAGUGGAGCCUGGUACUGAAAUCAUUAUACCCCACCAUGGCUUUCAAUUAGAUCCCCAAUACUGGGUUGACCCGGAGGUUUUCGAUCCAGAACGAUUCAACGAAGAGAAAAAGCAAAGUAUAGUAAAAAUGACUUUCCUUCCUUUUGGAGAAGGUCCGAGAAUGUGUGUCGGUAUGAAGAUGGCUAUGUUGCAAAUGAAAGCGUGUUUGGCUACCUUGGUAGGCAAGUACAAAUUUACGUUAUCACCUAAGACACAGAUUCCUUUGAAGAUGACCCCUUAUCAUUUCCUAGCGGCAGCACAGGGAGGCUUGUGGGUUCAUAUUCGAAAAUUUAAUAAUUGUUAUUUCUGAGCUUUUGAUUAUUCUGUAUAAAGGGGCUACGCCCGUAUAUAUGUAUAUAUAUAAAUAAUUUUUAUUCAAAAGAUGUAAAUUAAUAUUGUGCUAAAGUUUUGUUUUGUUUGAUCGUCGACAACGUAAGAGUUUAGAUUCUAAGUUCCUGACGUCAACUAAGAUUGCGUAAAUAUGGAAGCGAUAAACUAAUAAGACCUCCGAACUUGCAACAUCAUCGUUAUGAAUUAAAUUACUAUAACCACUUACAACACAAAUCAAAAUAACACAUGGUUUUUAAUCAACAGUCAAUGUACACGUGUUGCGUAUCUUUAUUUACUUCGAUUUUGCUACUUGACACGAAACGUAUGAAAACGAUUAUCACAAUAAUUUAUUAAACAAAAAAUCUAACAGUAGGAAACUGAUAAAGCGAUACUGGCGUCUUGACACCACUCAGACAAAACUCAAGAGAUUUAUUGCGAACUGUUAUUGCUAUAUAGUAGUAAAGUAAGGAGAAAAAUAGAACAAAAUAGCGAAUAUAUGGUGGUGCGUGUCGAGUGCAAGUCUGUUUGCCGCUUCUCGGAAUGUGGGGACAAGAAUGAGUUUCCUGAGUGGUUUCCCGUGUUCACUAUUGCUCUGUACACCUAACUGGGCAAAAUAUAUGUAUGCGUGCGCUGACAUUUUAUAUUUUAUACAUAUCUCAGCUAACUUGACGCAACGUGCGAAAGAACGACACGUAUGUAAAAAGUGUAAGUUAAAAAAAACAAGAGGUCAAUGAUAUUUUGAUUGAAAAAUAAGUAUAAAAUUUCAA